AUGGGUUCUCUUACCACAAGUGUUUUUGUGAUUGCACUCCUCUUCUAUUGCAGCAUUAAUGUUUUCGAAGCCGCUGAAUAUCAAGAUAGCCUUGCUCCUACACCAAGUGGUCAAGAGAGUCCCUCCCAAGGAGGUUCGCCAGACAUCCAUUUCCAUCACCACCACCGCCACCGCCACCACCACCGCCAUGGUCACAUCCCACAAAGCCAGUCCAGCUUAAAUGACAUUGAAGCUUCCAAAAUUCAAGAUAGCCCUGCUCCUACACCAAGUGGUCAAGAGAGUCCCUCCCAAGGAGAUUCGCGAGACAUCCAUAUCCAUUUCCAUCACCACCACCACCACGAACACGGCCGCCAUGGUAAGAGCCCACAAAGCCAGUCCAGCUUAAAUGACAUUGAAGCUUCCAAAAUUCAAGAUAGCCCUGCUCCUACACCAAGUGGUCAAGAGAGUCCCUCCCAAGGAGAUUCGCGAGACAUCCAUAUCCAUUUCCAUCACCACCACCACCACGAACACGGCCGCCAUGGUAAGAGCCCACCAAGCCAGUCCAGCUUAAAUGACAUUGAAGCUUCCAAAAUUCAAGAUAGCCCUGCUCCUACACCAAGUGGUCAAGAGAGUCCCUCCCAAGGAGAUUCGCGAGACAUCCAUAUCCAUUUCCAUCACCACCACCACCACGAACACGGCCGCCAUGGUAAGAGCCCACCAAGCCAGUCAAGCUUAAAUGACAUUGAAGCUUCCAAAAUUCAAGAUAGCCCUGCUCCUACACCAAGUGGUCAAGAGAGUCCCUCCCAAGGAGAUUCGCGAGACAUCCAUAUCCAUUUCCAUCACCACCACCACCACGAACACGGCCGCCAUGGUAAGAGCCCACCAAGCCAGUCCAGCUUAAAUGACAUUGAAGCUUCCAAAAUUCAAGAUAGCCCUGCUCCUACACCAAGUGGUCAAGAGAGUCCCUCCCAAGGAGAUUCGCGAGACAUCCAUAUCCAUUUCCAUCACCACCACCACCACGAACACGGCCGCCAUGGUAAGAGCCCACCAAGCCAGUCCAGCUUAAAUGACAUUGAAGCUUCCAAAAUUCAAGAUAGCCCUGCUCCUACACCAAGUGGUCAAGAGAGUCCCUCCCAAGGAGAUUCGCGAGACAUCCAUAUCCAUUUCCAUCACCACCACCACCACGAACACGGCCGCCAUGGUAAGAGCCCACCAAGCCAGUCCAGCUUAAAUGACAUUGAAGCUUCCAAAAUUCAAGAUAGCCCUGCUCCUACACCAAGUGGUCAAGAGAGUCCCUCCCAAGGAGAUUCGCGAGACAUCCAUAUCCAUUUCCAUCACCACCACCACCACGAACACGGCCGCCAUGGUAAGAGCCCACCAAGCCAGUCCAGCUUAAAUGACAUUGAAGCUUCCAAAAUUCAAGAUAGCCCUGCUCCUACACCAAGUGGUCAAGAGAGUCCCUCCCAAGGAGAUUCGCGCGACAUCCAUAUCCAUUUCCAUCAUCACCACCACGAACACGGCCGCCAUGGUAAGAGCCCACCAAGCCAGUCCAGCUUAAAUGACAUUGAAGCUUCCAAAAUUCAAGAUAGCCCUGCUCCUACACCAAGUGGUCAAGAGAGUCCCUCCCAAGGAGAUUCGCGAGACAUCCAUAUCCAUUUCCAUCACCACCACCACCACGAACACGGCCGCCAUGGUAAGAGCCCACCAAGCCAGUCCAGCUUAAAUGACAUUGAAGCUUCCAAAAUUCAAGAUAGCCCUGCUCCUACACCAAGUGGUCAAGAGAGUCCCUCCCAAGGAGGUUCGCCAGACAUCCAUUUCCAUCACCACCACCGCCACCGCCACCACCACCGCCAUGGUCACAUCCCACAAAGCCAGUCCAGCUUAAAUGACAUUGAAGCUUCCAAAAUUCAAGAUAGCCCUGCUCCUACACCAAGUGGUCAAGAGAGUCCCUCCCAAGGAGAUUCGCGCGACAUCCAUAUCCAUUUCCAUCAUCACCACCACCAACACGGCCGCCAUGGUAAGAGCCCACCAAGCCAGUCCAGCUUAAAUGACAUUGAAGCUUCCAAAAUUCAAGAUAGCCCUGCUCCUAUACCAAGUGGUCAAGAGAGUCCCUCCCAAGGAGAUUCGCGAGACAUCCAUAUCCAUUUCCAUCACCACCACCACCACGAACAUGGCCGCCAUGGUAAGAGCCCACCAAGCCAGUCCAGCUUAAAUGACAUUGAAGCUUCCAAAAUUCAAGAUAGCCCUGCUCCUACACCAAGUGGCCAAGAGAGUCCCUCCCAAGGAGACAGUCCAACUUCAAUGUCAUAGUCAUCGAACAUAGUCAUAGUCCUGCUCAUGUACCAACUCACCACAACUGCCAUCACCAAGUACCUACCAUCACUAUCAAUUGCGAUGACC